CGAUAAUUAUUAUUACGUUUCCGCUGAAACAUUAGUGAACUCUGAAGCAAAACAUUUGCUUAGUAGAUAUUAAUUCAAUCAAGAUGGCACACUGCUAUGUGACGAAUAUAGUUUGGUGUAUUUGCAUAAUAAUUGCAAGCCAAGCAUCGCAUUCACAGAGCACCAGGAUUCCACGACAAUCUUGCUUAUGUAACAAGAUUUACCAACCAAUAUGUGGAUCGGAUAAUAAAACUUAUGGAAACGAAUGCACUCUUAAGUGCGCCAAUGAUGAAAAUAAAGAUGGAAACCCCAUUAUAGGUGCAUAUCCUGGGGAGUGUAAAGAAGAAGAUUCGUGCAUUUGUUCGGAAGAAUUCAAACCAGUGUGCGGCUCUGAUAUGAUUACAUAUAGCAAUGAAUGUUUUCUUAAAUGUGCUAGUGACAAAUCAAAGAAAAAUGAAAUGGCUCCAAUUUCUAUUAAAUAUGAAGGGGAAUGCAAAAGUCAAGAGGAUUCAUGCGUUUGUACUAAAAUUUAUUUGCCAGUUUGCGGCUCGGACAAUACCACCUACAAUAAUGAGUGUUUACUGAAAUGUGCAAGCAAUGAAAACAUUAAAAAUAGUAAAUCUCCAAUUACCGUAGCGUACGAAGGACAGUGUACGGGAAAAGAAGAGGAUUCGUGCAUAUGUCCUUUCAUUUAUCAAAGAGUGUGUGGCUCUGAUAACAUGACAUAUAACAAUAAGUGUCUUCUUAAAUGUGCUAAUAAUAAAAAUGACAAAAUUGGAAAACCUCCCAUUACAAUAGCUUAUGAUGGACAGUGUAAAGAUGAAAACAAAGAUCAGGAUUCAUGUAUUUGCUCGUUCAUCAACCAACCAGUGUGCGGCUCGGACAUGGUCACCUACAACAAUGAAUGCCUUCUCAAAUGUGCAAAUAACAUGAAUAUUAAAAUUGGAAAGUCUCCUAUUACCACAGCCUACGAAGGAAAGUGUAAAGAAAAGGAACAAGAUCAAGAUUCCUGCAUUUGUCCAUUCAUCUACCAACCUCUUUGUGGCUCAGAUAUGGUAACAUACAGUAACGAGUGUCUCUUAAAAUGUGCGAGCAAUAUUAAUGUUAAAAACGGACAAUCUCCCAUUUCUUUGUCAUAUGAAGGAAAGUGUAACUCACUUGAUGCUGAUCCAACUAAAAUGAAAAAUGAAUCUUGUGUUUGUCCUAUGAUUUACGAACCAGUGUGUGGCACGAAUCAGAAAACUUACACAAAUGAGUGUUUCCUGCGAUGUGAUAGCUAUAACAAUACCAAGUUCGACAAACUUCCAAUCUUUGUUGAUUAUGAAGGAAAAUGUAAAAGUCGAAGACCCUGUAUUUGUCCCGAUAUUUAUGAACCCGUUUGUGGCUUCGAUGGAGUGACCUAUGGAAAUGAGUGUGAAUUGAACUGCAAGAAUUUCGAAUUGGAACAAUAUGGCCGAAGACCUGUAACAAUUGUAAAUAAGGGAAGAUGUCCAGAAAGUUGCAUUUGUGUUGACAUCUUUGAGCCUAUAUGUGGCACCGAUGGCAACACUUAUCCUAAUAAAUGUGAGCUAUCAUGCAAAAAUAAAAAAAUUGAAAACAAAGAUUCGUAUAUCCAAAUUGCAUAUCUUGGAAUAUGCAAUAGGCCGUGUAACUGUACAAAUGAAAAAGGAGAAGUGUGUGGAAGUGACGGGCAAACAUACGGAAAUGUAUGUGAAUUAAACUGCGAAAGUAAGAAGCUUGAGGAAGUUGGCCUUUCUCCACUUACAGUGCAUAAAAAUGAAGCUUGUCAAUAUCCAUGUGACUGUCCGCAUAUAAUAGAACCCAUUUGUGGCAGCAAUCAUAAAUCAUACAAAAACUAUUGCAUCAUAGACUGCGUAAAUAAAAAUGUUAUUCGUCCCUAUGAAACAGUACAAACGUAUCCCGCAUAUGAAUAUAAUAAUAAUUAUAUAAAUAAAGGAUAUAACAUGCCAAAUAACUAUGGAAGUUAUGAUUAUAAUAAUCGGUAUGAUUACAAUACGUUCAGUCCAAAUUAUUUUAUUCCUUAUGACAAUUAUGCAUACGGAGGUUAUCCACAAAAUAGAUACAAACGAGAUAUGAACGAGGAAAAUAACAAAAAUGAAGAAAAUAACUCUUUGCGUAAUUAUAAGAGCGAAGAGCGCAAAAAAGAUGAACAAGGUGAAAAUUAUGAAGACAAAACAGACAAUCAGCAGCUAAAGUAUAAACCCGAAGAUCGUCCAAUCACAGUCCAAUAUGUAGGGUUCUGUAAAGAUUGUUACUGUUUCGAUGUUUAUAAUCCAGUUUGUGGAAGCGACGGCAGGACAUACGAAAACGAAUGCGAACUAAAUUGUAAGAAUAAUAAAUUGAAAACACUAGGAGAAAAACUUAUAUAUGUGGUGUAUGCGGGCAAAUGUGGUUACUGCUAUUGCCCUGACGUGUAUAAUCCCGUAUGCGGAAGCGAUGGCCGAACUUACACCAACACUUGCGUUCUAGAAUGCGAGAAUAAAUCUCCAGGAAAAGAUAAAAGAGUGUCUAUAAAGUAUUUAGGAUCCUGCCAUUAUGAACAUUGAGUCAGUUUUUUGAUGUGAUAUUACUUAAUGCACGUAAUAUGUGUAAACUUAAAUAAUAAGUAUUUCAAAAUGUGCUUACCUUUUAUUUAUCU